AUGGCCUCUGCAGCAGAGGACGUCCACCUGGGCUCAGGCCCUGAUGAGGACGACCAAUAUCUGUCGGGGAGUGAGUCCGACUCGGACAGCAUUCUCUCUGAUGACUCGGUGCUUCCAGACUACACUCCAGAGGUAACGGACGGGCAUGCGGCAACAACACUGUAUCGAGCAUGCGCCCAUAAUGAACCCUUCUCUCUGCGGAGAGUUCUGGAGAGAGGGGUCGCAAAAGAAGAAGCCACAGAGCUGGACAUCAAUGGCAUGAACGGCUUGAUGGUGGCUUGCUGCAAAGGUUUCGUGGACAUUGUUUAUGGCCUUAACACCUGUCCUUUUAUAGACAUAAAUCACCAGGACAAUGAAGGCAACACUGCUCUGAUGAUUGCAUCCCAAGGAGGUCAUGUCAACACAGUCAUGUAUCUCCUAAACUACUAUCCUGGUAUAGACACUGAAAUAAAGGAUUGUCGCGGCUUCACAGCGCUCAUCAAAGCUGCUAUGACCGGCCGCAAUGACGUCAUGGCUGCCCUUCUAAUGGCUGGGGCUGACAUACACGCAGUAGACUCCACAACACAGAAAUGCGCUCGGGACUGGGCGCGGAAAACAGGACGCUAUGAGACCCUGUAUCGUCUCCAUCGACUGAAUAUGCGGCCAAAAGCUGAGCAGUGCUGUGAAACGUAUGUCCCUGAGUGGCCUGAGCUCCAGGAGAGGGUAGCAAAGGCCACAGCUGAGAAAAGUGCCAGGGAAAUAAUGACCCAGCGGAUCAAAAACACAUUUGGAUUCAGACUUCCACGUGACCCCCAGGACAACGGGGCCUUGGACCACAUGGUGCGCAUUACCACCAGUGUCCACAGUCCCCUAAUUUCAACUGGAUGCCGUCCGCUUUGCCCUUCGAGCCCUCCUGAGGUGGGGAAGAGACGCAUGGCUGUGCCAGAGCUGAUGAAGAAACACACACCUAAGGAACUAGAAGGCCGCUCAAUGUGCCACAGCAACGGAUCAGUGUCACACAUCAUUCCCACAAUCCACUCUGCAGAGUCCAUCCCAUGCUGUGCCGACACAGAGCGGCGAGGCAGCAUCCUCUCAUUGGCUUCCACCAAAGUUACAAACGCAUUCAUUUCCCGCGCUAUGGCGAGAAGGAACAGCGUGUUCCCCUCUGGCUGUAUCCCCAAGAUCGAUGUCAGCAGGCCUUCGGACGCAACACCAAAGAAAGAAAAGAAGAAGAAGAAGAAGAAGAAUAUCAAGGGCUUCUUGGAGCCACCUAAGUGGAGGUACAAGGAGAUCAAGGAUGAGAAAAAGAAGGAGAAGAAGAAAGCUGAGAAAGAAAAUGCAGAGAAAGAGAAGAAGAAGAAAGAAAAAGACAAGAAGGCCAAAAAUGAAUAG